UGUCUUGGAACUUGGAUGCACCAAUUCUUGCCAAGACUAUGAGCUGUGGGAAGCUGGGAGCACUUGACUGAGCAGCUAGCACACCGUGGGCCCAGAAAUCUCUGCAGGCACAUUCUUCCAGAGCAGAUUGCAGGACAAUCCUCCAACCAACAGAUACAGUCGCGGCAUCUGGAUUCCUGAUUCUUCUGCGACAUGGCAGGUGUGAGUGGCUGUAUAAAAUAUUCUAUGUUUAUCUUCAACUUCUUGUUCUGGCUAUGUGGCAUCUUGAUCCUGGCAAUAGCGAUUUGGGUACGAGUAAGCAAAGAUGGUCAAGAGAUUCUCAGCCCUGGGGAUUCUGCCACUAACCCCUACAUUUCUGUGAAUAUCUUGAUUGCUGUGGGCUCCAUCAUCAUGAUUCUGGGUUUCCUGGGAUGCUGUGGUGCCGUGAAAGAAAGCCGCUGCAUGCUUCUUUUGUUUUUCAUAGGCUUGUUCUUGAUCCUGCUCCUGCAGGUGGCCGCAGGUAUCUUAGGAGCUACUUUCAAAUCUGAAUCCGAGCGCAUGCUGAAUGAGACACUCUAUGAAAACGUAAAGCUUUUGACUGGAGCAGAUAAUGAUGCCAAGGCAUUCCAGAAAGCCCUGGCUGAAUUUCAGGAAGAGUUUAAAUGCUGUGGUUUGGUCAAUGGAGCUGCUGACUGGGGAAAUAAUUUUCAACAGAAUUCCAAGUCAUGUGAAUGUCAGAGUUCAACAGAUCCUAGUUGUGUAUCGUAUGAGAGCAAAUAUGUUUACAAACAGCCAUGCAUUUCUUUCAUCAAAGAAUUAGUUGCAAAACAUAUUCUCAUAGUUAUUGGAAUUGCGUUUGGACUGGCAGUAAUUGAGAUACUUGGUCUGGUGUUCUCUAUGGUCCUGUACUGCCAGAUUGGGAACAAAUGAAUCUGUGGAUAUGUCGAGGUAUCAUCCAUCAAACCCCUUUAAAAUUUUGCUUUGGUUUUGUAACUUUAAAUAUAUGAGUGCUAUACAUGUUAGGAGCAGCUGUCUUAUUAAAACGUCUCAUUUAGCUAGAUCGCAGAUAUAUUGAACAUAUUCCAGACAUAUUGAACAUAUUUAAGACUUGAGCGACCACGGAAAAUGAUAUGAAUGUGAUUUUUACUUAAAAUAAAAGUAACACUGUUUACACUGGUGUA